AUGGCCAACCCUUUGAGCACUCUACUUCUUGUGGCUCUACUUUCUCUUUCAGCUGCUGCAGCAACAAGAACUAAGCUGCAACCAACCAACAAUGUGGAUGGUGGUAUUUGCAAGUCAUUGGUGGAGACACAAGGCUAUGCUUGCGAAGAACAUAAAGUAACAACAGCAGAUGGUUAUGUCCUUGGCUUGCAAAGGAUUCCAGCUGGUCGGUCCAGUAACAAGACAGCAGCUAAGCUGCCUGUUUUGUUACAACAUGGACUCCUUAUGGAUGCUUCAGCUUGGCUGCUCAAUGAGCCGGAUAAGGCUUUGGCAUUCAUCUUGGCAGAUAAGGGUUUUGAUGUAUGGCUUGCCAACGCUCGUGGGACAGAAUCUAGCCGCGGACACACAUCACUUAGCCCUAAUGAUCCGGCAUACUGGGACUGGUCAUGGGAUGAAUUGACUGCUUAUGAUCUUCCUGCUGCAUUCCAGUACGUGAACAAUCAAACAGGACAGAAAUUACACUAUGUUGGUCAUUCCUUGGGAACUUUGACUGCCCUUGCCGCCUUCUCCCAAGAAAAGCUGUUAAACUUGCUAAGAUCAGCUGCUUUGCUUAGUCCAAUUGCUUAUCUUGGUCAGAUAUCGCCGUUUGGAAGAACUGCUGCCGACAUAUUUUUAGCUCAAGGACUGGCGUUGUUGGGUUCCCAGGCAUUUCCAAACGAGUGA